CAAUCACCGAUCGAGGCAGGCGGUUAAGCUGGGCUGUUGGGGGUUGGUUUAGUGUUUGGCGUGUGAGUGCGCGCGCGCGCGCGCGCAAGCAGCAAGCAAGUGGCACGAGCAAGAAGACGGUUGGUGAGAGAGGCCUCGUGAAACGCUGGAGGACAAGGAGAUGCUGAUUAGCUGAAGAAUUGUUAACAAACAGACAUUCUGAAAACUCUUUUCCAGUCUGCUUUAUUUUUAAAAAAGGGUUUCCCGCAUAUUCUUGAGAUGACUGGGUCAAAUGAAUUUAAGUUGAACCAACCACCGGAAGAUGGAAUCUCAUCAGUGAAAUUUAGUCCUAACACAUCUCAGUUUCUGCUUGUCUCAUCGUGGGACACUACUGUACGAUUGUAUGAUGUUCCUGCCAACACCAUGAGACUCAAGUAUCAACAUACAGGACCUGUCCUUGACUGUGCUUUUUAUGACCCUACACAUGCCUGGAGUGGAGGUUUGGAUCGACAGUUAAAAAUGCAUGACUUGAACACUGAUCAAGAAAAUCUUGUUGGCACCCAUGAUGCUCCUAUCAGAUGUGUUGAAUAUUGUCCAGAGGUGAAUGUAAUGGUAACAGGAAGUUGGGAUCAAACAGUCAAGUUAUGGGAUCCCAGAACACCCUGUAAUGCAGGAACAUUUUCUCAGCCUGAAAAGGUGUAUACAUUGUCUGUGUCUGGUGACAGACUGAUAGUGGGAACAGCUGGUCGGAGAGUUUUGGUAUGGGACUUACGAAACAUGGGCUAUGUUCAACAGAGAAGAGAAUCAAGUCUUAAAUAUCAGACUCGUUGCAUCAGAGCAUUCCCUAACAAACAGGGUUAUGUGUUAAGCUCUAUCGAGGGUCGUGUUGCUGUUGAGUAUUUGGAUCCAAGUUUGGAGGUACAGAAGAAGAAAUAUGCUUUCAAAUGUCACAGAUUGAAGGAGAAUAACAUUGAACAGAUUUAUCCAGUCAAUGCCAUCUCUUUCCACAAUGUUCAUAACACAUUUGCUACAGGUGGUUCCGAUGGCUUCGUCAAUAUUUGGGAUCCAUUCAAUAAAAAGAGACUCUGUCAGUUCCAUCGCUAUCCUACCAGCAUAGCAUCUCUAGCCUUCAGUAAUGAUGGAACCACCCUUGCAAUCGCAUCAUCUUAUAUGUAUGAAAUGGAUGACAUUGAACAUCCUGAAGAUGGUAUCUUUAUUCGGCAAGUGACAGAUGCCGAAACAAAACCCAAGUGAGUCUACUUAACUUCUGACAGAAAGCUUCAGUGAUUUUCUCUUUCAAACAUUUGUCCACCGGCUCCCUGCAAGACUAGCUUAAAGCAAAACUUGGAUUAAAUGAAGAUACGUUUCCAGUAAUGAUUUCACUGAAAGUAGUGUUUUGUGUAGUCAUUCAUUAUACUCUAUUUCAUGCUUUUCUUUUUAGUUUAUCCAUGAAAUAGUGUUUUCCUCAGUCUCGACAGUAGUAAACUUUCUGUAAGCCAGUUUGAUUCCUUUGAAAUAUUUUGUAGUUGAACUUUUGUACAUGUUUAAUACUGGUUUAAAGUCUUGAAUAAACAAAAAAACUCCUAAUGACAUUA